GCGGCACGACGCCGCCCUAAUUAAGGAGCGGGGCAAUCGACGUGCACAGGAGUAACAUAACAUUCGUGAUGCUGAAGUCUCCAAUACUUUGCCUAUCAAUUCAUCCCAUCAUCGCCGACUUGGGCGCACUGCACCAUGUCUGGCUUCGAGGUGGCAGGAGUCGUGCUAGGCACACUCCCCCUUGUCAUCACGGCAGUGGAGGCCUACAUCAACUUCCUGAAGGACUGGGGCAGAAUUACCUCGGAACUGAAGAGCAUCCACCGACAGCUCACCACCGAGCGGGCGAAAUUGUACAACGUCUGUGACCAGCUCCUCGGCGAUGUGGUGCCACAGAAGGAUAUCGAGCCAAUGCUGGCCGAUCCGUUCGGACCGCUUUGGCAGCAUGACCAGACAAAGACAAAGAUUCGCCGCCGGCUCUGGAACUCGUACGAUUCUUUCGAGGAGACCGUGCUAGAGAUCCAAAAGGCGCUCGAAACGGUGCAGCAGAGGCUCCGUAUUGACGUGACAGACGACGGUCAGGUCAAAUGGGUCGAGAAAAGCUGGAUGCCGCGCGAGUUCAGGAAAUUCCUCUAUCGCCUGGACAGGAAGGACUAUCAGGAGGCUCUCACCGUCAUCUCGAAAGGAGUGAACGACCUUGAGGUCUUGAUCCGUCUCAGUGUUGCCCUCGAGCCCAACCGACGCAAGCGGGCGGGCGGCAGGCUCACCAACAUACUCCGAGAGCUUUCCCGCAGCGUCUAUCGAGCUCUGAGAUCCAGCAUCCAAUGUAGCGAUCCUCACGACAUUGGACUCGGGCUCUUGCCACGGUUUGCCGACAUUGGGUACGACGAAGAAGAAGACGAGAAGAUCCUGAGCGAGACGCACUUUCGCGUGGCGAUAUCUUCCGAGACGACGGAUGACCGGGCUUCGGAACGAAGAAAGCUGUGGGAUGAAGUGAAUAUCAAGAGGAUGCCCUUUGCCGUCGUCACCAAGAGCACUGCUCCACCCGAGCUCACCACACAAAGCUCUGGCCCAAUGACGACAAGGAAGAAGCGGGCUAAGUUUGUCGCGUUUGCCAGGGAUCCAACAUCAUACAUCAGUGCAGGGAGACCGAGGGGUGGUCUCACUUAUCUCGUGACCGAGAUGACUCAACAAAUGACCGAGAUCACUUUCAUACAACCACCAGCAGACGACGCGAGCGUGGCGCCGCUUGAGCUCUGCUCGACUCUGAAAAAGGCCCGAUGCGCACCACUAUUGGACUGUUACGGACAUCUGGUUGAUCCGGAACAACCGACACACCAUUUCAAGGUGUAUCCGCUGACCAACACUGUCACCAAAACCGAGGCUUGGUCUCUCGUCACGCUCGACGACAUCUUGCGGCGCAAACCAGGGGUUCAGCCACUGCUAUGGCUGGAAGAGAAAGUCCGUCUCGCGCUCUCGAUUGCCUCCAGCGUUCUCCAGCUCAGCACGACGCCUUGGCUUCCUGCGCCAUUGACCAAGGAGGACGUCUACUUUUUCGUCAAGGAUGGGCAGCCCGCGUAUCAACAGGCCUUUCUCUGGAAGCAGGUUCCGGAAUCGAUAGGUGCCGGCUCGGACGCCAAAGAGAGUCCGACAUACCACCAGCAUCACAAUGCAUUGUUCUGCCUCGGCAUCUUACUCCUAGAAAUCAUACUGGGCUCUACAAUAGACAGCUUACGUGAGCCACAUGAGGAAAUCCAGUUCCAGGGUGAUGAUUUCGGAGUGAUACGGGAUUCCAUUACAGCCCACAGAUUACUUCAGACGAAGGUUGCCUUGAUCAACCCAGCAUAUAAAGCAGUGGUCGAGCGGUGUGUCGGGUGUGGAGCCAGUCAGGGCCUAGAUGAAGAGGCCUUUCGUGAAAGGGUAUAUAAUGGUGUUGUGGCAGAGCUCGAGGCCAUCUGGCAGAGUACAAAGCUUUCCUAGGCAGAUACGGCCACUAGUACCUCCUCGUAGCUGCAACGUAAGAGCAACACGACUACAUGCAGCAACGAUUCAUAGCGAAUUAUCCUCUCGGGGACACCGUGACGUCUAAUAAGCGGCUGCUCACCUAAAGCUAAAGCAGUCAG